AUGGCCCAGUGUGAAGUUGGUAGUCCGUCUUUUAAUCUUUCUCAGCUUACUGAUUCGGCCUUGGUGUCAAGUAUAUGUAGCCCAUUUAUAGGGAUGGAAAUUAACAAAGAUGCUUUUUGCAUUUCCUUUCUGACGAAGUCGUUGCUUCCUCGCAUUAAGGAUAAGAUAAAAGAGAUCGAUACUGAGUCAUUCAAGUUUAUUCCCGAGAUGGCAAAGCUUACAAUUGAUAAUUUCGGCGAUGAAGGAUUACAAAUCAUCCACACCUCAGUAUUAUCAGAGAUAAUUAAUGCAAUACAUCUUUCCGGAACAAAAUACACAUCUAUUUACAUAGACCUCUAUCGAGAUACGGCAUGCAGAAUUCCAUCUAAAUAUCGCGACCAAUACGUUGCAAAACAGAUCAAAACUCUCGCCGUAUCGAACGAUUACAAGGAUCGUACCCUUGCAGCUACUCUAAUCCCGAUCGUUAGCAACACAGAGCUUGUUGUUGCACAAUUCCAUACUUUGAGCCUCGAUCGUGUCGAUUAUGUCUGCGCAGCCAUCGUCGAUAUUCUUCCUAAGUGCUCACUCGAUGAGAAUGUAGUUAGCUACGUCCUUACAAAUGCUGCUAACGAUAACAGCGAGAUUGUCAAGCAAAGAGUUGCAGAUGUUUUCGGAUGUAUCGCGCCGAAAAAUCUGGAAUUAUUUGCACAGGUAUUAAACGAUGCAAGUGCUGGACGCUUCGCUGUAAGGUCGAUUCCACAAAUUGCCGUUGCGAAUGGAAUUUCGGCUAUCGAAAAUUUAUUCAAAGUUGCAGCAGAUAAUUACCCCGUAGAGUCUGGUGCAGCCUUAUUUGAUAUGGUUAAGGGUGCUUCGAAAGAAGACCAGCCUAUAUUAAUACAAUUUACGAAAAUGUUAAUCAAAAACGUUACUUUUGUAUGGCACUUAUACGAACUUUCCGAAUUGUUCGAAGAUAAGGAGCCAUUUUUCGAGUUCCUUUCACCAGCCAAGGCCAAAGAUUGGAGACUCAGAUACGCAUUACAAAUACAGACACAGAAAUUCAUUCCUAUUUUUGGAGCCCGGCUUCUUAACUACGUUCUCAGAUAUAGCGGCGACCUUGUCGCUAUCAUCAGAGAUGGUUCUGCGCCGCUAUGGGCGGAACUUAUUCCUUACGGUCAAGCCAUAGUAGAUAAAUUAUUAUGGCUUUCUACUAAGGGAUUCAAAGCGAGAAUAAUUGUCACUAAAGCAAUUGUUCUCUACGGAAUUAAGCCAAAAUUUAUGGACCUUGCCAAAAAAUUUGCGGUUGAUCCUGUUUCAAAUGUUAGAUAUUGCCUCGCAUCGCGUCUUGCGGAGCAAAAUGAAAAGGAAUUGUUUCAAGAAUUGUUUGGAAAUAAUAAUGAUCCUGAUAUCAAAGCUCUCAAAAUGUUAUAA